UCUCCUCAGCGACGGCAGCACGACGCAGGCCAACGGGACCCACAAGAACCAGAUGGGUCAGGCUGAGGGACAAACGGAAGAGCCUCCGAUCGCCCUGUCCUCCCCCCUCAUGGACCCCCCCCUGUCCUCCCCCCUGAUGGACACCCCUCUGGACUCCCCACUCAGCUGUGCCGACCUCACCCUCGACACCACCGGAGAAAUCACCGUGGAGGACGUCAGGGACUUCCUCACCACUGUGGACGAGGCGGAGAACAACCUGAAGAACAUCAAGGAGGAAGAGGGACGCUCCACCGGCAUCCUCAUCAACUGAACAGGUGAGGA